GUUUGACCCCCUUCCCUUUUACAACUCUUUUUUCUUUUAAAAAAAGCAACAUUUCAAAGAUGAGUAUUCGACAAGCAACCCUGGACGACUUGAUGGGUAUUCAAGCACUAAACUUGAUUGAUUUGCCCGAGAAUUACAAUAUGAAAUUUUACUUGUAUCACUUUGUAAGAUGGCCUCAGCUAAGUUUUGUUGCUGAAAAUAAUGAAGGAAAGCUGGUUGGAUACGUGGUUGGAAAGAUGGAUGAUGAGGAGCCAAGUGGGCAUAUUGUUUCACUUUCAGUGAUGAGAACUUAUCGUCGUCUUGGUCUUGCUCAAAUUAUGAUGAAGCAAACUACAGCACAAAUGAAGCAAGUAUUUGGAGCAGAGCAUGUGUCACUUCAUGUUCGUAAAACAAACAGAGCAGCAUAUGGACUUUACAAAGACUCUUUGAAAUUCAGAGUUGAUACAAUUGAAAAGAAAUAUUAUGCUGAUGGUGAAGACGCUUAUGUGAUGAAGCUUCUUUUGGAUUAAAUAAGUGUGACUCGCUUAAAAAACGUAGCUUUUUUCCUUUUUUAAGGCAUACGAUUAUCCCCCCACCCACCCCUCCCUUUCCUUUUUUUUUUUUUUUUUUUUUUUU